UCAAAUGGUGACGCUCGAAACGAGAUAAGGUGGACAAGGAUGCAUUGGACAACUCGUCUCCCUCGAAGGAUGUUCGAAUAUCCAAACGAGGACAUUUAAGAGAGACUAUUUGCCGUGUCAACGAGAGGGAAAGGAGGAGGCAAUGGAUAUGGGACAGGAUUAUGUCAAGCUGGUGACACUCAUCGUCGCGUUCCUCGCAGCAGGAGUUUAUGCUCAACUUCAACUCCCAUCCUACGCCUUGAAAAAUUAUCCUCUCGGGAAAGCCUUUGCGAAUCCAAACCAGCAGUGGCAUUUUGCGACUCUGUGUUUGAAAAACCAGAGCUCGUCUUGUACCAGACUUGACUACCAUGGUUCUCUCAACGUUACCAGCGUCCCAGACUAUUGCGGGCCUUGCGCCAACCAAACCUUGGUAGUGCUCAAGUGUAUCGACCGAGUUAAGUCCCACUUCCUCUUCACGAACAAGGCAAGCACAGAUGACGUGAGAAGAUCGCUCCACACUGGCUGCUCCACCGGAAACUUCACGAUCGUUCCCAGUGCGAAGAAUGUGGGGACCAAACUCACAGCGUCGUUUUGGAUGAUACUCUUUGGAACUUGGGUCGCUGCUAGAGUAUAAAGCGACAGGCGCCAACACUUUUAAGAGAAUUCUCUACAAAUCGCUAUAGUACGUAUAGCUUUAAAGAAAAAAAGAAGGAAGCGCGCCCACAAAGAGACUUGUCAAAUAAAACUCUCCCCCCAAAAGUCUUUGACGUUAUCGGAGUCAA